AUGGCCGAAUCAUCCACGAACAAGGACGAUGGCCUCGAUCGCAAGACUCUCUUUGUGCGGCUGAUCCCGUUUGAAGCUACUUCUGAUGAUUUGCAGGAGUACUUCUCCCAAUUCUGUCCCGUGAAGCACGCAGUGGUCGUCAAUGACGAGAACAAGAAACUGAGAGGUUUCGGGUUUGUGUCGUUCGUUGCUGAAGACGAUACGUUGACGGCGCUUGUGGAAGCCAAGAAGACCAAGUUCCAGGACCGGUUCUUGCGGGUGGACAUCGCUAAGCGUCGUGAUCGUAAACGGGGAGAAGGCGAAGAACCUAAGCCUAAGGCGGCUCCGGUGGAAAAGAGAAAGGCGAGACUCAUUGUGAGAAACUUACCGUGGUCGUGUAAGGACGGCUCUAUUUUGAAGAAGAUAUUCUCCAAGUAUGGGGCGGUGGCCGAUGCCUAUAUCCCGAGAAAGAGUGGUGGUCAAAUGUGUGGUUUCGGGUUUGUGGUGAUGAAGAAACAGGCCGCGGCUAACAAGGCAGUCAAGGAAAGCAAGGGGCUUAAAAUUGACGGUCGUGAAGUCGCCGUUGACAUCGCCUUGGAGAAGUCUAAAUGGGAAUCUCGUACCGAAGAAGAAAUCGCCGCUGAUGAAGCUGAAGUCAAUGAAGACGAUGAGGACGAUGAGGACAAGGAUGAUGAAGAUGAAGACAUGGAAGAUGCUGAAGAUAAAGCCAACUCUGAUGAUGACGAUGACGAUGAAGACGAUGAUGAUGCAUCUGACUCGGAAUUCGAUGACCUUAACAAAGUCGACCCCAACGCCGAAGAAGAAGAACUUAAACUUGAUGAUGAUGAUGACGAAGAAGAGGAAGAACCUGCUCCUCGUAAAAAGGCUAACCGUCAAGAACCGUUCACUAUUUUCGUGCGGAAUAUCCCUUAUGAUGCUGAUGAAGACACACUUAAAGAGCACUUUGAACGGUUCGGUGCCGUCAAAUACGCUUUACCUGUAAGAGACCGAGUUACUGGUUUCGCUAAGGGGCUGGCGUUCGUGGCGUUUGUCCAUAAGAACGCCUACGAGAAGUGUCUUGACGAUGCCCCCUCGCAAGCGCUGACCUCUGUCUUAAUCCCCGACGACGUGCUGAGCGACUACGUGUACCAGGGCCGCAUUCUUCUGAUCACGCUGGCAGUGGACCGCAGUCUGGCUCUGAGGCUUGAAGAACGUAAUAGUCAGCGUCGACAAAUGGAGAUGGGCAAGGCGCCCAAGGAGAAGGAUAAGCGGAACUUGUUUUUGCUUAACGAAGGGCGGAUCACAGCCAACUCGGCGCUUGCCAAAGUGAUCACUGCCGGUGACUUGGCGAUCAGAGAACAGCUGUAUAAGCUGAGAGUGCAACAACUCAAUAAGAACCCGUCGCUCCACAUGUCGUUGACUCGUCUUGCCAUCCGUAACUUACCGCGACAGAUGAACCUGAAGGGGCUUAAGGCGUUAGGGAGAAAAGCCGUGGUGCAGUUUGCCACUGAAGUUAAACAAGAGCUUAGACAGCCGCUUAAUAAGGAAGAAGUCAACCGGUCAGUUAAACACAGAUACGGUGAGAACGGUGAUAAAGAGAAGGAAAAGGAAGCGGCUGAAGCUGAAGAAAAGGAUAAGAAGCGUAAGACUAAGAAUACCGGGGUGGUGAAGCAAGCCAAGGUGAUUAUGGAAGUUAAGGGCACCGGUGAACACGGUAGACUGAGAGGGUACGGUUUCGUUGAAUUCAGAGACCACAAAGCAGCGCUUAUGGGGCUCAGAUGGCUCAAUGCACAUGAAGUCACCAAAGACGAAAUCUUAGCUGGUUACGAUGAAGAAGAACGUAAAGACAUCCAAAUCGACGGCAAGUCGCGUCGCUUGAUUGUUGAGUUUGCCAUUGAAAACUCGCAAGUGAUCAAAAAGCGUCACGAGCGGUACCAGGCUCUGAGAGACCCUGAACGUAAACGUCGCCGUGAGGAGAAGCAGGAGGAAGAACAACUGCGGAAGAGACUGAAGCAGGAUAAGCGUAAAGGCGGUAAGAAGGGUAACAUGAACAAGGGGCCCAAACCGGCUAAAACCACUGAAAAGCCGGAGAAGGACCAGGCGCCCGACCACGUGAAGCGGAUCAUCGCUCAAAAGCGUCGCCAACGCAAGAAUAAGUAG